GGACAAAUGUGCCUCCUGAUUUUGUAUUGGUUUUAUUUUUAUUUGUUUUUUUUUGCUGAACAUGGAGGGUACCACUGUCCAAUUCUUAAGAUUUUCUCUAGCACUUUUUGGCUUUUGUGUCCAUGGGCAUAUUGGAAGUGUUGGUGGCUUCAGCAGUGGCGGUUAUCCUGGGUACUAUGAGGCUGGCCUCCCAAUGCAGAAUGAUGUGAAGCUGCAAAGUUCCAGCUGGUAUGACCAAGGAGAUGUAUUGGAUCCCUUUAGGCCACUCAGAUCCAAGGAUUUCACUUAUGGUGCUACAGUUAAUGGUGUAUAUAACCGUGUAAGCUAUAGCCCUCAAACUGGCUCGUAUGGCUCUAGUCCAGUGACCAGUGUAUAUAACAUUGGUUCUGAAUCUGAUGUUCGAAGGCAAAAUCCAGGCUCUCUGAUAUCUCCAGGUGGCAGAUUUGUUUCUGGUUCUCGAGACACUGCAUUGAGUACAAGUGUGAGAAGUAAGACUGUACCCAAGCCAGCACAGCUUUACUAUCAAACUGUAGUGCAGACUAGUAAGGAGUCUGUGGCCUCUAAUAGCCAGCAACCAGUGCAGACUGGCUCCCAGUCCAGUGGUCUACUGUUCGCUAAUGCCCAAACCUUUGUCAAGCCCCAGAGCAGUAGACUUCAAGUUGGUUCCAAGCAGUUUUCUGGUGGCAGGCCCAUCCUGAGUUCAAGUCUUGGCCAGCAAUCAGCACAAGCCAACUACCAAUCAGCUCAAACACACUACCAGUUUGUGCCCCGGCCUGAUGGCCAAAAACCAGGACCGAUCCAAUACCAGCCCAUCUCACAGCCUAGUGGGUUGCAGUCGGCACAAGCUAGCUACCAGUCUGUGCCCCAACCUACUGGCCUGCAGUCCACUCAAACCAGCUACCAGUCUGUGCAACAACCUAGUGGCCAAAAACCAGGAGUGACCCGAUACCAGCCGGUCUCCCAGCCCAGUGGCCUGCAGUCCGCACAAACCAGCUACCAAUCAGCUCAAACGCACUACCAGUUUGUGCCCCGGCCUGAUGGCCAAAAACCAGGACCGAUCCAAUACCAGCCCAUCUCACAGCCUAGUGGGUUGCAGUCGGCACAAGCUAGCUACCAGUCUGCGCCCCAACCUACUGGCCUGCAGUCAACUCAAACCAGCUACCAUUCUAUGCAACAACCUAGUGGCCAAAAACCAGGAGUGACCCGAUACCAGCCGGUCUCCCAGCCCAGUGGCCUGCAGUCAGCCCAAACGCGCUACCAGUUUGUGCCCCGGCCUGAUGGCCAAAAACCAGGAAAGAUCCAAUACCAGCCAAUCUCACAGCCUAGUGGGUUGCAGUCGUCACAAGCUAGCUACCAGUCUGUGCCCCAACCUACUGGCCUGAAACAACCGAGGGGCCAAAACCCGGGAGUGCCCCGAACCCAGCCGGUCUCCCAGCCCAGUGGCCUGCAGUCAGCCCAAACGCGCUACCAGUUUGUGCCCCGGCCUGAUGGCCAAAAACCAGGAAAGAUCCAAUACCAGCCAAUCUCACAGCCUAGUGGGUUGCAGUCGUCACAAGCUAGCUACCAGUCUGUGCCCAAACCUACUGGCCUGCAGUCCGCACAAACCAGCUAUCAGUCUAUGCAACAGCCUAGUGGCCAAAAACCAGGAGUGACCCAAUACCAGUCUGUCUCACAACCCACUGGCCUGCAGUCCGCACAAACCAGCUACCAAUCAGCCCAAACCAGCUACCACUCUAUGCAACAGCCUAGUGGCCAAAAACCAGGACUGACCCGAUACCAGCCUGUCUCCCAGCCCAGUGGCCUGCAGUCAGCCCAAACGCGCUACCAGUUUGUGCCCCGGCCUGAUGGCCAAAAACCAGGACUGACCAGAUACCAGCCUGUCUCGCAACCCAGUGGCCUGCAGUCAUCACAAACCAACUACCAGUUCGCACAAGCUCCCUACCAGUCUGUGUCCCAGCCCAGUGGCCAAUCUGUGUCUCUUCAGCCUGGAUUCCAGCUCCCUUCUAUGCCAGAGCAGUCAAGUUAUGGGUCUCUUUCCAGUUUUGGUGCCCAACCCCUAGAGCAACCCAGUAAUGUACAACUUGUUUCAAGCUAUGAGUCUGUGUUGCAGCCUGACCUUCAGGAUACAGCACCACUGCACUCCCAGACUACUCCAAAUAAGCGCUUCUCGCCAGGCAUGUUGCAGCAAGUGAAGUCAUAGCUGCACAGUUGAUUUAACUUCAUUUAGUGUUUGUUUUUUAUAUAAACAAUAAAUAUCACAUAAACAUUGG